AUGCUCGAGCGCCAUGUACUGGAAGAUGACCUGACGCGAAUAAGACAGCUCAGAAGGGUGAUAUUUGGUAUGGAAACUACCUUGGAUGACAAUGACGUGAAUUCCUUCCGUUCAGACAACCUGAAUAUCCACAGGAAUAAGAGAAGCGUCGACUAUGCGGGCGACGACGGCUUUGCAGCGCUGGACACGUUGCGAGCGUUCAAUUUGAAAAUUUCAUCAUCAAUUCCUCAGGGAACCUCUAGACCGAUAAGAAACACCCGAUUCAUAUCCGUCACCAUGUCUGCCAUGCCCGCCACUUCCGGCCACUCUGCAGCUUGCUGCAACCUGCCCCCCAUCGUGACCAAGGGUUAUCAGGCCAAGGGCAAAUACGAAGAAGUUGGUGGCUACAAGAGUUACGUUACUGGCCCCGCCGACGCCACCAAGGCCAUUGUCGUCAUCUACGACAUCUUCGGUUACUUUGAGCAGACUCUGCAGGGCGCCGACAUCCUUGCCCACAGCGGCGAACAAAAGUACAAGGUCUACAUUCCCGACUUUUUCAAGGGCGACCCUUGCCCCAUUGAAUGGUACCCUCCCGACAACGAGCAGAAGCAAAAGGACCUCGGCGCCUUUUUCGAAAAGAACCCCCCCACCAGCGCCUCGUCCGCUCUCCCUAGCUAUGUGCAGGCUGUCAAGACCCAGACUCCCUCUGUCAAGAGCGCUGGCGUCCUCGGUUACUGCUGGGGUGGCAAGGCCGUAGCUCUGGCCACCAAGGAGUCCUCCAACCCCUUUGCUGCUGCCGCCGCGGUGCACCCUGCCAUGGUCGAUGCCGCCGACGCUCCCGGCAUCAAGGUUCCCUUCAUCCUGCUCGCCUCGGGCGACGAGCCUGCCGAGGACGUCAAGAAGUUUGAGCAUGCGCUCACCGUCCCCAAGCACGUCGAGACCUUUGCCGACCAGAUCCACGGCUGGAUGGCUGCCCGCGCCAACCUGAGCGACGACCGCGUCAAGGCCGAGUAUGAGCGUGGCUACAAGACCCUGCUCACAUUCUUCGGCAAGCACCUGUAA